CUUUAUCGGUCCUUUCACCAAACCGCAUCAGAAAGUUUGGUUGGUUGAUAGGUUUGAAUAAAGGCAACGCAGAAGAAUUUYKAACCGUGUUGGAACGGCACCACGGAUCUCGAAUUCGACAAACAGGGUCUCGCGAAGUGCCCAUCGAUACUACUACGCCGAGAGCCAACGCCGUUCGCUUCGCGGGAAGAAAAACUCUGAAUCGUGACUAAAACAGAGUUCGCCAGCACUGUGUGAGAAUGGCGCAACCCCAAACGUUUCUCGCGAAACAUCCUUUCCAGGGAGAUGCUCGGCAAAGCCAGCUCUCCUUCCCGAAGGGAGCUACACUCAACGCGAGACCCGGUCAGACGGGUGCCUGGUGGUGGGGGUCGUACAAUGGCAAGGAAGGCUGGUUCCCGCCGACGUACGUCCAGCCUAUGGCUUCCCAGGGCAUGGCUUCUCCGCAAUCCGCUUCGUCCAUGACGAUGCAACAACGAAUGCAGAGUGCCUCUUUCACCCCUUCGGUCAAGCAGCUACAGCAACAGCAAUUUGCUCCCUCGGUCGCUACCUCCUUUCAGGGCGCGGGUGCGUAUGGCCAGCCACAAGCAAGUCCUUCGGCCUAUGGGAUGCAAGGGCAGGGACAAGCACUCAACCAAAGCUUUCAAGGAGGCUAUCAACAAGGGAAUGCAGGAAUGGCUCGCCAGUCGAUCCCGGCGCCCAUCGACGAUCCUUUCGCGGGAUUGGAAAACAUGAAUACAGCGCCUGUUCCCGCUCCUUCCAUGCAACAACAACAAGUACAGCAGCCACCCCCUCUAUCGACUACGAACCAGGGCAUGGCCAGUGUGAGUCAAACCAUGGGUCAAAGCACAACUAGUGCACCGAGACCGACUAUGGCGGCAAUGCCGUCUCCGACACAUACCAGCGCCUCACACAGCUCGCAUUCGAGAUCGACAACGCCGAAUGCAAUGUCUAUGAACAAGGCUUCGCAGCCGGCGCCGAUGACGAGCUCCGCCUCGAGGCCUAUUUCACGAUCGUCGUCAAAGUCGCCCACUCCCAUGGACUCGGGGUCGAUCAAGUCUUCGACUUCCCAACCCCAAGCACAACGAAGCGCACAAGAAUCUCGGUCGCGAUCCAAAUCGCCCCAGCCCAUGCACACCAACCCUGCGACCUCUGCCAAACCCGUCAAGCUCUCCAAGGACGAAGUGGAAGCCAGGAAGGCACGAGAAAAGGAACAGGCAAAAAUCAGGGCYCAAAUGCUGAAAGAAAAAGAAGAGAUAAGGAAGGAACAAGAGCAGGUCGCUGUAUCCGGAAUUGGCUCCAGCGGAGUGGCAAUUCUCGCGGGCGCCGACGGCUCGGGAGAAAUCGAAGUUGGCAUUGCGGGUGGUAGUGUUGGAGCGCACGGCGGCAACGAACCCACCUUUAACCCGUAUGAUUUCCUCGCAGGUACUACCGGMGGAUUGCCAACGCGCAAAUUCUCUCCUAUUUUUCGGGUGCCUCCAUUCUGGGCUCUKAUGGAUUUGGAGACMUAUGUGCGACGAUUUCCACUUACUAAGGAGCAACUGGCAGAUCGUAAUGCAGCCUACCAGCAGCUCGCAAAGGCUCUGAGUUUUGUGUGCCACGUGGUUUCUCAAACAGAAGAGGCUACGAGGAAAGGAGUCGGUCGCUUUGCGGCCCUUCGUGGGAGAAGCAGUGGUGUCACCGAAAAAUCGAGUCCCCUGGCUUUUUUGAAGUGGAAUCACAUGGCGUGCGAGGCGUGUGUGAAACUCAUUUCGCUUCUGCCCCAUUCAGCCGGUGCUUCGGGAGAGGCCUUGGAUGGCCUCUUUCUAAAUUUUUUGAACGUUUUUGUUUCGUUGAUCGAAAAUCUUCAAGACAACCAGCAACUUGUUCUUCCUGGAGGGUGGCAGCAACCAAACUACCAUCACCUCUGUUUGUACAUUGUACGAAACUGUGGUGCCGGUAGGUUCAGUUUUACUGUCUGCAACACAGGCAAAGAUGGUUUGCAGUACCAUCCAUCCACUUUUGACUCAGAAACUGGCCAGCAACUAAAGCAACUUGCACUCACGGUUUGGAAUAUUCCCUCAAGAAGAUUAAUGGACUCUACCUUUUGGACUGUCCUCUUCCGGAUGCAGGUCUACCCAAGCAAGAACAACACGGCUGAAUUUCUGUACACGAAACUUUUGCCCAGUUUGAACUCGCAGCCCCUCCGUUCCAAUACGGAUCAGGGUCCGACUGAAUACUUGAAGAUUCCUGACCCUAUCGCUGCUUCUACUUUCCAUCCACUUGCGAAGCUAGUCAUGACUACUAGCCCACAAAAUGGAAUGAGAACGUCAAAGUAUUCGUCUCUACUGUUGAUGAAUGCAGCAGUCGACUUGGCAUAUGCUGAAAUCGAAAUGGCACCGCCUUCUUCCAUGGAUCCAGAGGAUACUCGUAUUUUGAAGUUGACGGGAAGAAAUCUUUCAAAUUUUGCGUCGACAAUAGAUGCCAACUCUGUGGGAGACGGUAGYCUUGGCCGAUCGCUGUCGAGUACUUGGGAUCUUCUCGAUAAACUUCACAAGAAGAUUGGUGUAACUGCCUCUAAAGCCGUUGAUCAAUACAGUCAUGGGCUAUCAAAAUCAGCCCUGAACGAUGACUUUUCAAAGGGUAAAAUCAAGUCGCUUCGGACUGAUGCUGGUUCCGCUGCAUUCCCCCUUUUCGGAAGACUUCGCCGCGAUGAUUACGAAAAUGUGGUAAAAAAAUUGAUGGGAGAACCAAGACCGGAUCCUAUUUUGAUUCCAGCCGUUUUAACCGAUGAAAAGUUGCCUCACGUGGCAACAGAUUACAUGACCGCAUCUUCUUCCUUGCAAAGAGUAGCAGAUGCUUGCAGUCUAUUGCUCCAACAACGUCGUUUGAUAAAGAAUGCCCCUGCUUUUGCUGCAUCUGCUGCACAAUAUGCGGUAACGGUAAUGCUCCCAACCCCCAAUUCGGAUCCAAGGUAUUGCUUUUGGAGGAAAAGCGAGAUGAGAAGAGAGACUCAAGUUAACUUGCUGUUCCUCAUUCGUCGAAUCUGUCGAAUUUACUCCGCAGCAACUGCCUGUGUUCAGCAGUCGCGUGGACUCGUGGCGAUUCGUUCGAUUACCUUUGCCUCCGCGGCGUGCAUUGCGGACGCUAUUUGUCGUGUCAAAGCGUCGGACGAUCCUUCUGCAUUCGCGCUCCAUUAUUCCGGAUUGUGCGAGGGACCCACGCAUCCCUUUGCGAUUGAAGCAGGUUCUUUCGAUACUCUCGGAUCAAAUCUUCCAAUUUAUGACCCGAAUUUGUGCUCUCUUCGUUUCAGGUGUCUGGAUUACAUGCGAGAAAUGACUUUUAAUGAGCACGGAGUGAAACGCAACACGAUUUUCAACUUUGACAAUAGCAUGGUUCCAACGGAAGGUGAUAUUGUUCUUGCAACACAGCUUUCCAUACAGCUUGCUCUUGUGCGUCCCUAUCCUGCCACAGAUGAAGCCCUGCUCAAUCACACAGCAAAAUUGAUCUCUGGUUCUAACGGAUCAAUCCUAGAAGUACUUCCAGAAUUCGGGUACUUCCGUGACAUCGUAUUUCACUUCAAGCAUGCGAUUUCGGGAAAAUCACAAACCGUGGAAGACGUACCAAAGAACAAAACAUGGCUGCCAUCCGAUGCAACACUACACUGGGCGGUGAAACGACGCGAAAAGGACAAGGAAGAUCAAAGAUAUUAUUACAACGUUAGAGCUUUCCAAGGUCACCCGCAAGAGUUUGUCGACAAGAUUGCCCACGAGGCAACCUCUGCUUCGCAAUUCAAGGGUUUUUUGGCUCUUUUUGGCAGCAAACAACGGGCCGUUCGAUCACGGUUGUCGGCAGCCGAUCCAACUACGGUUGUGAAUUCGUGUGGAGAUAAAUUCUUAACCAAGAAGUACGUCCUUUCUCUGCUAUGCGCCGUUCGCAUGAAGAUUGCUUUUGUAUGGCAUCAAGAAACUCACUCUCUUGUCCUUUUUCUUUUUCCUUCAGGGGGAAACAGGUAUCAGUUCGGACCGAGGAUGAUGUUUUGCAUCUCAACAACAAGGAACUGCCCACAUUCGGCAACGUUCUUGCGCCAUCCGACGCCGAGAAAUUCGUUCAAUUUUUGACUGUUCCGUACAUUAGGAUUCCACUCAUAUUGGAUUUCUUCGCCAACGGUGAUCCUGGUAGACUCUCUGCAUUGCGUACAAAAUCUCUGCAGAUGAUUGUUGACGCAGCCAUUUUUGAACCUGGGAGAUGGAAACCAGCAGACUUCGCAGAUGUUAUCAACGAGAUUCCCGUCAAGAAUUUUGACCGGCUCGAAUCACUACUUGCCACAGCCCAYGGUACCCUGUUCAAUGAAAUCGCAAAAUCUCCAGACGUAGUGACAUCCUGUGUUGUGAAGAUUUUGGAGCGAUCGCUAGAUAUGGAUGUUGGAAAGUACACCAAGAAGUCGUCUUCUGGUCCUCUGAUCCUUUACUCUAUUCGUUUAGCUGUGAGAAUUGAAGGAUAUCUCAAGUAUGCUUCCAAGAAGUGUGUCCCUGGUCAACCUAGACCCCGUGGAUUAGAAUCGCUCGAUAAAAUUAAGAUUGAGUCCGCCUUGAAAAAAAUCCGAUCGAUGCUGGACAAUCAGGCGAUUCCCACCCUUGAAUACUGGAUCGAUCCUUCGAGAAAUAAGGUCAAGAAUAUCGAUUCUGCGUGCCUCGUUCAUGCACAUCUGUUGUAUCUGUUCAAGAAUUACGACUACGAAGAUUUGGAUCAUCGUGCGGUCUCAAUUAUCCUUUCCUCACAGGUUUUCUUAACGAUCAAUCUACGUUUCAGCAACAAGGUGUACGAUGACCUCCAAGACAAAAACAACCCGACACAGCCUCCGCCAUCGAUUCAGAUCGCUCAAUCCGAGGUGUUCGAUACUAUUCAAACCCACCGAUACAAUAUCUUGAGGUUCAUCCGAGAAAACAAAGAAAAGGGGAACGCUGCUAUGGAAUCUGUAGUUCGAAUUGCAACGGGUACCGGUGGCAGAGACAAUAAAGAAUCCGAACUCAAACAGCGCCACUGGCAAAGUAUUGGUCACCAAACUUGCUACGGAAGAUUCGUGCCCGAUACAGAGGAUAUCAAGCUCCGAGAUGGAUCAUAUCGUAUUCCAAAGCCUGGGCAAAGCUAUGAAGAAUGGAUGCUUUAUGUGACUACAAAAGCCGUUGGAAUCGAAGUGAAUGUACAACUUAGUGACUUCACACUUCAAAAUCACAAAAUGACUUUGCUUGAUCCGAAUAUUUUAGAGGAUCGAGAUUUUCAGCCAACAAGACUGAUGGCGUUAGGUGGAACGAAGGAUAUAGCCUGUGCUGAAGUAAUGCACACGACAAAUCGCUAUUGGUGGCGUCUCGUUGGCCGUCGUUAUGACGUGCAAUCAUGGGGUCCUGAUCAGAGAAACUACCACGAUCUUAAGGAAUUCAAACAUCCGAAGUACACAAGGAAGUUUCCGAAUGGACUGAAGAGUGGAGAAAGCUGGAUCGCAGCUGUUUUGAAGGAUAAGCUGCCUUUGAUAUUGCCAAAUGUGACGUUGCAUAUGUCGAAUAAAGAUUUUUCGGUCGAACCUUACGUUGUACUCUCUGGAUGGAUAGAAAACAAAAAGAACCCUAAUGCCAUUUCGACACACACUCUGAAGGAAGUUGUUGUUUGGCAGCAUCCACCGGCAAUCACUGUUUUCAAUGUUGUGGAAUAUGGACGAAGGCAUUUGCGAGUUGUUGAGUACGCCUCUAACAUAUCCACUUCACUGCAUGAACUUCAAAAAGGAGAACCUUAUCCUGAUCGUGUAGGUGGUAUUCUUGCAAUGUCAGCUGGUGUACCCAUGGAUACUAUCGAUGCUUCGCCCUCUCUAAUUGUGACGAGAGCUCUCAGUUCUGAACUUGGAACUCAGACCUUCUUGCCUGAGAGGUUUCUAGCUGGUUUGAUACCUACCUCUCUUGUCGAGAAAUACAUGUUCUGGCAGAGCGAAAACGAUGAUAUCAUCGGUUAUGAAAAAGUAAAAACAUCCAGUGAAGAAGAUGAUGAAGAUGACGACGACCCACUGAAGAAUAAAGACGACCUCUCGUCGACUCGGCUCAAAGUAACACUAUCAAAAGAUCCUGGGCUCGAUACAACAGGAUUUUGUAAUACUGAAGCCGAGGCGUUAGUGCAGAGAAUACCGGUGUUGAACGCAGAUCCUCUGACUGAGUUGGUAGACCCAAAUCGUCCAGUACUCACCCUCCUGAAUGCUGUAUCUGCUCCUCCUUCUUCGUUGCUGAAGAGGGUAGGAAUGAUGCUUUCGAGACUAGAUAAUCUCGCACACGUACUUGUUUGGAGCAAAUCAAAUGUUCAGACAGCACACGCACAUGCUUCCAUUGAUCUUAUUGAGCUACCUCGUGUAAAUCUGUCAUUCAAACCAAGAGUGUUUACCACUACCGAUGGAGAAAAAGAGUUCAGAAUUUAUAGCAAUGAUUACGACGGGUUAUUCAUUGCUACCUCUAGUGAAGCACGAGAUAUGGCUGAGACGUUGCUGGGCGAUGUGUCACAUUUUGUUGUCUUACAGAACGCUGAGAACGACCUAUUCAUUUUGAUGCCUGGAUGCGCGCUACCACGUAGGUUACAUACAGACGGGUCCCGCUUGUCUGUGCAGGUACUUUUGGAUCGGAGAAAUCAAGAAUGGAUUGAGAACAUUGGCGAAGUGCGCUGUUAUCUUUACCCUAUUCAUAAUUCAAGAUCAUUCUUGGUGACGCCUUCACUUGCGUCAUCUUUGUAUUUAAUGCUGAUGCACUUCAUUACGGGAUCUUACCAGAAUGUUUAYAAGAUGAUGGAAUCUUGUGUAAGCGAGGAAUUAACACCAGAAGAGGUAAGUUCGUACUCCAGUCAAGUUGAUUCAUUGUUUAUUUUUUACUUUGAUCAUGUGUAUUAACUUAUCUAUGUUUUGCCUUUUCUCUUUUCCAUUUGAUGAUUUAAAAGCAACAAAUAUUUAACCAGCUU